AUGAGAGAUAACUCGUCGUUUGAAUCCUUGGUCAGCAAAGUAGGUCCAUUCAAUGAAUACAAAGAUCAAUAUAACGCGGCAGAAGCGCUCGAAGUGCUCAAAAUGAGCAAGAUUCUAGCCAUUGGAGCCGGGGGACUAGGUUGUGAGAUUCUCAAAAACCUAGCGUUAACAGGGUUCAAGAACAUCCACGUUAUCGAUAUGGACACCAUAGACUUGAGCAAUCUCAACCGGCAAUUCCUAUUUCGGCACGACGACAUUGGCAGAAGCAAGGCUGAAGUUGCAGCUGCUUUCAUCACCGAGAGAAUCAAUGAUCCAGAUUUAACCAUCACGCCUCAUUUUAAAAAGAUUCAGGAUUUCGAUAUUGACUUCUACAGCUCGUUCCAGUUGAUUGUGAGCGGGCUCGACUCGAUCGAGGCGCGCAGAUGGAUCAACUCGGUCUUGUUCACCAUUGUCAAGUCCCAGGGAAACAUCAUCCCGCUAGUUGAUGGGGGCACGGAGGGGUUCCGAGGGCAAAGCAGGGUGAUCCUACCGACGGCGACAUCCUGUUUUGAAUGCAGCUUGGACUUGUUGAGCCCCAAGACCACCUACCCCGUGUGCACCAUCGCCAACACGCCGCGACUACCCGAGCACUGCAUCGAAUGGGCAAACCAAAUGCAGUGGCCCAAGGAGUUCCCCAGCAAGAAAUUCGAUGCCGACGAUGCCGAACACGUGGAGUGGAUGUACCAAGUUGCAUUGGAAAGAGCACGCGAGUUUGGCAUCGACGGCGUGACCAAGAGCUUGACUUUGGGGGUGGUGAAGAACAUCAUUCCCGCGAUUGCCUCGACUAACGCUAUCAUUGCCGCUAGUUGCUGCAAUGAGGCGUUCAAGCUAAUCACGUCGCUGAACCCCGUGCUUGAUAACUACAUGAUGUACGCGGGCGAUGACUCCAUCUUUACCUACACGUACUCCUACGCAAAGAAAGCAAACUGCCCCAUCUGUGGGAAUGCAUAA